AUGUUUUUAAUUUUCUCACUCAGCUUAACUUUACUAAGUCUUCCAAUGGGUUUUUAUGGACAAACGACUGACCCCGCCAUGUCUAUAACUGGAAUGAAGGGGCUGGUGGAUAUGGAAGGCUUUCUCAUCGGCGAGCUAACAAACUUUGCAAAAGCCCUAAAAAGCAAAAUUCUUAAAAUAGAGAGCUUCCUACAAGAUGUACAAUCAAAGCGUGAAAUUUCUCGGAAAAAUCCAGAAGAGUUCGUUGCCCACCCACUCAACGGAUUUUCCCUUAUUCGACGACUCCAUGAAGAUUGGACUCAAAUGGAGUUUUCGAUGUCAGAACGUGUUGGUCUGGACCACAUUCAGGCUAUUCAAAAAGGUUUAGAAGAAGGAAAGCCAACUGAUAAGGAUCUUAACGAUGCCAUCGGUGGAAUGCUCUUACUAGAACGCUUCUAUAAUAUACAGCCAGUUGACAUAGCCAAAGGAUUAUUCAUGGGCCACAAAUACAAUACCACUUUGACUCCACUGAAUUGCCUGGUCUUGGCCAAUGCGUUUAUGAAUUUUAAUAUCGAAAGGGUUGCUCUAAAUUGGCAUCAAACUGCCAUAGCUACCUACGACGAAGAUCGAGAUGGACAAGUCUACAGGGAAGUGUUUGACUUUAAGCUUUCGGAUUUAUACGAAAAUUACACUUCAGCUUUGGUACUCAAAGGUUCCUACAAAGAGGCACUAAAAAUUCUUCGAAACGUGUCUGAUUUAGAUCCUAAGCUGUGGAUACUUCAGAGAAAAGUCUAUGAAAUGAGUAAACUAGGUGAUGAAAAUCGCAAGUACAUAGGCUCAUGGGUCGACCGUAGUGGCUGCCAAGCACAAUGGGCGAUCAGAAAAUAUUUUAGCUGUCACUAUGAAAGAGGAACAUCAGAUUUCCUAAGAAUUGCUCCCCUCAAAGUCGAGGUCCUGAGUGUGGAACCCGAAAUUGUUAUCUAUCAUGAUGUAAUCUACGACGGAGAGAUCUCGAGGAUCAAGAAUAUUUCCCUUCCUUCUCUGAAGGCCACUCCACGAUACAUUAAUCGCGAUGACUAUAACAUAAAGUUGGCUAACUUUCAUGAGGACUACCAAAGUCCACUAAAUCGACGGAUUAUGGACAUGACUGGAGAGGAUGUGAAAGAAGAUACUGAUUUUCUGGUAAACAGUUAUGGAAUUUGUGGAUUCAGAGACUAUCAUACCGACAACAUAAAUUUUCCAGAUCAAACAGCAGAACUCGGCGAUCGCCUUACAAGCAUAACGUUUUUUAUAAGUGAUGUAGCUCUAGGUGGAGCCAUCGUUUUCAAUAAUUUGAAUCUUACAAUUAGGCCUCAAAAGGGCAGCGCAGUAGUUUGGAAAAACCUGAACAAUGAGAUGCAGCCUAACGAAGAUCUCUGGCACUUGUCAUGUCCGGUUGUAGUGGGCUCUAAAUGGACCCUUGUCAAAUGGCUACACGAAAGGCCUCAUAUGUUUUCAACGCCAUGCAAAAAAGAACUAAAAAAGUUUAACAUAUAAGUGCCAUUACGUAAAGCAUGAAAUUCUAAGCGUUAAAUAAAUCUUUUUAAUAGCUUCCGCUUAUCA